CUUCACGAACGAGGCGUUACCCGAGCGUGCGGAGAUUGCUUGCUCCUCCUCCUUGAAUUGUCGCUCCUGCGAUAAAGAAAUCGACCGAGGGGUCUCGCUUUGGGGUUCCCCGUCUCCGGAUUCGAUCCGGGUCGCGCGAUGCAGAAGACCGCGCAGGCCUGGUUCUCUGGGGGGCCGAGCGAUCGCGACCAGCAGAGCUCCUCCUCCCUCCUCGCCGACUGGAACUCCUACGCCGCCUCCAGAUCCUCCGAGGAGGCCGCCUCCUCCGCCCUGGGCUUCGAUCUCGAGGCCGCCGUCAGAACCGCCAACGAUAAGGUCACUGGAACCUUCAACGUGUUUUCCAAAGGUGUUAGAGAAUUACCUGGAAGUUUUCAGUCAGCCACUAGCAAUGUACCAUCUGGAAAGUCUCUUUUAUACUUUGGACUGCUCCUUGCUAGUGGCAUUUUUCUCAUUUUUAUUGCAUUCACCAUGUUCCUUCCAGUCAUGGUGUUGAUGCCUCAGAAAUUUGCUAUCUGUUUCACACUUGGGUGUGCCUUUAUUAUUGGAUCAUUCUUUGCUCUUAAAGGUCCUAAGAAUCAGCUUGCUCACAUGGCUUCAAAAGAGAGACUACCUUUCACACUGGGAUUUGUCGGAAGCAUGGUGGGUACCAUUUAUGUGUCCAUGGUGCUUCAUAGCUACAUCCUUUCUGUUCUCUUCUCUGUGCUUCAGGUCCUUGCGCUUGGAUAUUAUGCUAUUUCAUAUUUUCCUGGAGGAUCUGCUGGAAUGAAGUUUCUUUCGUCAGCUCUUACAUCAUCAGUACUAAAGUGCUUUGGCAGGUGAUGUGGUGAGGUGUAAGUCUCAUUUUCCCAUAUGAGGGUGAGCUAAUAUCCUAGGUUUCCUUUGUUUCAAGGGACUUCCUGUAACAGCAUCCACACUAACGUUCUAUCUUUUUGGUUCUUGAAUAUUAUUAGCAGUAUUGAGCUUGCAGUGUAUGAUGGGACUUCCAAAAAUAAGCUAAAUGGAUUCAAGCGACACAAAUCUUAGCUCAAUAGAGAGAGAGAGAGAGAGAGAGAGAGAGAGACAUCUGUUGGAUAUAAAGGAUUUUAAGAGAUGAGUUCUCAUAACAAUUUUAACUCAUUACUCCUGUCCUGCGCAUUUUUAAGCAGACACGCCUUAAGGUACGAGCCAGAUUGGUCCUUUGUGAAACUGCUGCACAAAUUUCUUUCCAAAAGAAGAAAGAAAAAAAAAGGACCUAUGUUGUGGUUUGCUGAAUUGGUUUUCUUGCAUGGUUUCAUAUCAUCCAACGAUUGGUGGCUUCCAUACUGAAAUUGGUUGUCACAAUUGCUCAUUCUUCGUUGUUGAGAUUCGGACAUAUAUCUUUCCGUGAUUCUGCACUGGAGUUUCUUUUCAUGCUGUGUUAGACAACUUGAUUGUAUUGUGGAUAUUUGUGGGAGGCUGUUUUCUUGUGCCGAAACGGUGCACGCAAAAGUCCAAGAGAGUUGGAAGGUUCAAAAAAUUAUUUAAUUCUGUGCGAGCCUAGGUGGCAGUCGAGCCUAGGUGGCAGAAGCCAAGGCAAAAAAAUGAGAUUUUUUUGGACAUACUCCACAUGAGGCCCUGGAACCGAUUCUGUGCAGCCUUUGGUUUCUGUAGAGGAUGUAUCAGUAGUGUCUCCUUGUAUUCUUUUGGAGAAACCAAAUUGCACGAUCUUGACAGGCGUCACCCGAAACAACAUGGGAGCACUGGCAACCCAUUUGUGUUUAUUUAGCAGUGCUCCCCAUUUGUGUUUAUUUACUCUUUUGCAAAAUUAUGCAUACAGGGAGAAUGGUGCAUACGCCUGGAGACUCUCAGCAGGCCGCGAGAAUCACACUUGCGUUUCUCAACAUUGUCAAAUCACCUUGCUCAUGAAAACCCCAAGAAAGUUGUUGCUCACAGACGGUCUCAUCGGUGGACGUUUUCGUUACGCAUCUAUUGCGUUUCCAUUUUUCACUUCCUUUUUGCCAUCUAGGACUCAAGACGGAUGAGAUCGUUCAUUUAUCUGAUUUUUACAAAGUGCUCGUACCAGCUCGAUGAAGUGUGAUGAUGUAAAUUUGUAGUAGUGCCGCCUGCAUGUAAAUGCUAUGCAAGUCUAACAAAUUACCUUUGAUAAAGCUAAGAAAUGCAGUAGAUGAAACCCGUCCGACAAGAACGAGCUCUCUAUUGGGUGAAACACGGCUUCGGGCAAAACGAUACAGCGGGUCAUAACUGAUUCAUGUCAAACGCGACCUAGACUGCCUUUUGGUCUGAAAAGUAGAACGGUAUACAGAAUUUUACUCGGGGUCGUUUGGAUGCCUCUCACCGGACAACGUACGAUCCUUGGUUGUGACCAUCAGAAAAGAACGUCUCAAACUGAAAGCCUAUUGCCGGACUGGUGGAGGUUUGCCAAGCGUGGCUUUCGAACCCAAAAAAAAAAAAAAAAACAGGGCUUUCAAGAGGGAUGGGUUGUAUAUUUUGCAUAAAAAAGGGAUUCAUCUUUCUUUGCAACAAUCCACAAUUAGAUUGCACGAUGGUUGCUUCAAGAUCUAUGCGAGCAGAUGAAUGAA